GGACGGUUCAAGACCUCCUUCAUCUCUCCCGGACCCCAACAAGUGGAGAAACUCCGGUCCGUAUUCGCGAGGUUGGUAGACCCACGCGAAGACGCUGACCUCGUUCGACAAUGGGCGGGUGCCGUAUACAAGGACUUGUUGCCAGCGGGAGAGAAGAUCACGGCUAACAACGUACCGUACUCCCCGUACGCCGUGGCGUGCAUCGACGCAGGUAUAGUACCGACAAUGCUGAGCCUUGCACGUCAAGAGUGGCACGGCCCAGAUGUACCGAAGGAGAGGUUCCUUGCUCAAUACUGGGCGUGGAGCGGUCUCUGCAACCUGUUGAAGACGGGAACUGUACCCGAGAGGCGAAGCGUACUGGAAAACCUGAUUGACAACGGAGCAAUGGAGCUGUGCAUGCAGCACUUCCGGCACGAGUUGAGUCUCAUGCGCCACCAGGCCGCCUGUACCAUGCAUACCCUGUCAUUCGCAGGUCUACUAGGGGAAAUGAUUUCUCCUUCAAAAGCUGCUGAGUUCAUCGAGGCUGUCUGCGGUUUUGCACUUCAAGGACCUGCUUAUUUCAUAACUCAGCUAGACGAUCCUGCGAUGAAGUGGCAGAUAAACCUAUUCAUGGAUCCCAAGAAUGAAUCGCCAGAAAAGCUCCAGAUCUUUGCCCCUCAUAUCUAUGCUCAGAGUUCAGAUAGCGCUCUUUAUGGCGCCCAUGAUCUUCUGAACACAUAUCCUCCUAGGCCACGGAAGUUCUGCCUUGAGAUUAUCAGGAGCAAGCCCCAUCUUCUCGACCUUCUCUUCGACUGCGCUAUUCUCGAUAGACCCAAGUGUUACCCAGAAACCCAGGUGAGCAAGACAGCUUGCGAAGUGCUUGCUUUGCUCUUUGAUUGGCCUAUGCACGCGGUUCCUGGCGUGACGUUGCGGGAUAAGACAUCGAAAGAUCUCGAGUGGAAGGCCUUCUCUCAGCUUUCAACAGCCCUGGUCUCUCGUCCAAAAUGGACGGAAAGGCUUAUUGAAGUGUGGAUGCACCUGGAAGAAGAGGGUACAGGCGAUAUUGAAAGCUGGUUUGUUGGCAUGAUGGGCGGGAAUAGUCCUCUUGGAACAGUAUCACGCGUUCGCGCAUCUACACCCCUGGAAGCCCGCGGAGUGUGUCGUGUCGUUACACUGCGUCUCAUAGCCACCCUCACACAUGCUGCAGAACCAUGCGGUAUCUCAAACGCCCAUAUCGAGUCUUUCCUGCAUGUUGCCUAUCAAUGCUGCGUCAAAGCCGGCCCUCCUAUGGAAGAAUGCAAGACUGCAGACGCCAUGAUGCGCUCGAUGGAGUACAAAACGUCGAUCGUUUACAACCUUCCUCAUCCCAUGACACCCAGCGGAGACUCUACCACCGAUACACCGUUCGUGGUGGCUCCUCAGGAAGUCCUCGGCCCGACAACGCUCAUUCGUCUGCUCGUUGUCCUCGCUCAGCGGAAUGCUCUGGACGGAAUACAGACACUAGUAAAAGCGCCUUACGGACUUUCGACUUCGACUUCGCUUCGACACGUUCAGCAGAUUACGCAUCCAGAAGUCAUCACGCGCACGAUCAAGAUUGCGCAGAGGCGCAUCCUUUUGGUCGUUGAAAGGACUCGCAAAGGCUUGAUCGGUCACAUGAAUGCCGAAGAUACGAUUAACUCUGCAUGCAUGCAUUUUGCGACCGCCGCGGAGCUAGCCGCGGCUCUUGUCGCCCUAGAUGUUGCCACCAAGGGCACGUACGCGGCUGAGAUCUGCGGCGCAAGGAAGCGGCUCGUGAUCACCCUAGGUAAUGCCGCAAGAAUGGCACUCACUCUCAAACAAUACCAGCGGGCGCUACAUUACAUCAUGGGCGCUGUUGCCGCGGCGGAAGAUAUCUCCCCGGACGAAGGUCUGGAACUUGAUAUCAUCGAGAAGAACAUACAGAGGCUAGACGAAGCCCGAAGGGGUCUUCGGAACCUUCAAUCUCGCGCCUCAUAA